AGGACGCGGUUGCGGGUGCCCGUGGCACAACUCGUGUGUUGACCCGCCUCGCGCUCGCCUGCCACCACCGCCACCGCCAGCGAGCUGGAUGAGCCAGCAGCCGCCCCCGCCCGCGGUUGCUUCCCCUCCCCACCACGUCAAAACCCAACCCCAACCAUGAUGCUCCUGCGCCACCACCACCACCCCCACAGCGGCGCCGCCACCACCAGCAGCAGCUGCAGCGGCGGCGGCGGCUGUUAGAGAGGAGGGCACACACCACCACCGACACCGACACGCUCGCCAUGCCACCAAGCGAGGCGGCGGCGUGAGGCGACGCAGAUCUGAACGGAGGAGGAAUAGGAAGAAGGGAGGAGGAGGGGAGGGAGAGGAGUUGGAAGAGUUGGAGGAGGAGGAGAUCUCUUUCUUGUUCCCGCUCGAUGGAGCGGGGGGAGGGGAGGAGGGGAGAUUGCUCCGUGCAAGUGAGGAAGAAGAGAACGCGAAGGAAAAGCGAUGGCCCUGAUUCAAUCGCUGAAACCAUCAAGUGGUGGAAGGAGCAAAACCAGAAGCUCCAGGAGGAGAAUAGCUCCAGGAAAGCGCCAGCCAAGGGGUCCAAGAAAGGGUGCAUGGCUGGGAAAGGAGGUCCGGAAAAUUCAAAUUGUGCUUACCGCGGUGUCAGGCAACGGACAUGGGGUAAGUGGGUGGCUGAGAUCCGUGAACCAAACCGUGGAAGGCGCCUAUGGCUAGGAUCAUUUCCUACUGCGCUGGAGGCUGCGCAUGCAUACGAUGAGGCGGCAAGGGCAAUGUAUGGUCCCACAGCACGUGUCAAUUUUGCAGAUAAUUCCACAGAUGCCAACUCUGGCUGCACAUCAGCACCUUCAUUGAUGAUGUCUAAUGGGCCGGCCACUAUACCUUCUGAUGAGAAGGAUGAGCUGGAAUCUCCUCCUUUCAUCGUGGCUAAUGGGCCAGCUGUGUUGUAUCAGCCUGAUAAGAAGGAUGUGUUGGAACGUGUAGUCCCUGAGGUGCAGGAUGUUAAAACAGAAGGGAGCAAUGGCUUGAAACGUGUUUGUCAGGAGCGGAAGAAUAUGGAGGUAUGUGAAUCAGAAGGGAUCGUUUUACACAAAGAAGUGAACAUAAGUUAUGAUUAUUUCAAUGUCCAUGAAGUUGUUGAGAUGAUAAUUGUUGAAUUAAGUGCUGAUCAGAAAACGGAAGUACAUGAAGAGUACCAAGAGGGAGAUGAUGGGUUUAGCCUUUUCUCCUAUUAGAGUAGUAGUCAUGCUGCGGGUCAAUAGGAAUAUUUCAUUCUAGCUGCUAGGGGAUACUUCAAAUAUCUGCAACCUGAAGCUUUGUAGUCAUUUACGGUUUUCGUCUUACUGGGUAAUAGCUUUAUAUAUACUAUAAGCCAACUGGUACAAGAAGUUGUACUGUGUGUUGAGUGCACUGUGGUAAAAAUGAAUCUAUAUUUAAUGAGCUUACUCUGUCAAUAUUUUUGCUUA